UGAUCCCCAGGAAGGCGUGGCUGCAGAACACCAGCAAAUAAAGGCCUGCACCAGUCUGGAGACCAGCAGAAGGCCCCAGAGCCUUCACAGCCUGCAAGCUGUCUGUUCCGGCUGGACUGGUGAGCUUGCUGAGGUAGGAGAGCAGGUGGAGCUGGGGAGGAUGGGCUGGGGGCCCAGGCCUCUAAGGCCAACACAACACAUGGAGGGAAGUAGUUUGUGCCCCACAUAGAAGGGACAUUCCCAGGGUGCCCAGAGAGCUGACACAUAAGUCCCAUUCAGAGAUGGCUGGCUACUCACACCCUUCCAGAAUAACCACAGUCAGGCAGACAGAUGGACACACUCAGACACACCCUCAAAAGGAGACACUACUCAAGAUUGCAGCACUACUCAAGCACAUCACUCCUGCCGGAAGAUCAACCAGCCUGGCCCCUCACGGAGAAGCACAUGAUUUUUAAAGAACACCUAUUCCCACCUGUACACCCACUCUCCUUUCAGAUGCCCAUGGCACCCUCCCCAGCCCUGCUUCUCUGCCUGCUGGUCUUGGCCACUACUGAAGGCCAUGGUUGGGAGACAGACGUCCUGGGCUGCCACCUGCACCAUGAGUAACCCUUCAACAUGACAGUUUGAAGUGACUGCCAAGGCACCUGCCAGGGUUCCCAUGUGGCACAAGCCUGUGUAGGACAUGAGUCCAGCGCCUUCCCUUCACGGUAUUCUGUGCUGGUGGCCAGCAGUUAUCAACAUAGUAUCACCUCUGUCUCCCAGUGCUGUACCAUCAGCAGCCUAAAGAAGGUGAUGGUGUGGCUGCGCUCUGUCGGGAACCGUCGUUGGGGGGAGCUUGAGCUCUUCACCGCCGCCGGGGCCUGCCAGUGUGGUAUGUGUCGGCUCUCCCGUUACUAG